GUCAGUCUUAUCGUGCUCAAUCUCAAAAAGGAUCACAAAGAUUGGUAUGACGUGAACCAGGCGAAGAAUUGGAUGAAGAUUGUGUUGCUGGCACAGUCCAAGCAUAAUGUUUUGGAGGGUGCUUACUUGGUAUGGAUUGGGAUUAAUAAGAAAUUCCGUAAACAAAGACAAUGCUGCGUCACAUCACUCAAAGCUGCUCGCGAAAAUGCAAUAAUUUCAGUUAUGUUUUGGCCAGCGCAAAGUCCUAUUGAAAACCUCUGGGCUGAGAUAAAAACCAUGGUACAUCGACGAACUCCACCUCCAUAA